AUGCCAGCGACCAAACGGCUACGCACCGAGCCCAUCGUGCGGGUCCGGACGGGGUGCUGGGCCUGCCGACGGCGCAAGAAGAAGUGCGACGAAGCGAAACCCGUGUGCGGGGGCUGCCUGCGCAACAAGCUGACCUGCCAAUGGCCAUCGAGCGUGCUUGGGGAGGAGAUGCCGCGCGAGAUGGAGCUGCUCGAGGACGAGCACGGCCGUUCCAACACUACCCCGGGCGUCACGACCAUCGCCUCACGAUCCACCGCUACAGAACCCACGCUCACUCACGACCGCACAGCAGGAACUACAACGACAGCACUGACGACAAUCGGCCAGGCGCUCCCGCGCGCGAUGUCGAUGAUGCCCAACCACGGGCUCGACGCGUACCAGCUGCUGAGCCACUACAUGGCGACGACGGCGGACUGCAUGGCCAACGGGUCGACGCCCAUCAACCCGUUCCUGGUGCAGAUUGUGCCGCUGGCGUUCAGCAGCGACCUGCUGCUGCAGCUGGUGCUGACGCAGAGCGCAGCGCACCGGGCGUUCCGGCGGCGGAACGACUCGGACGAGGUGGCGCAGAGCCACUACACGACGGCGCUGCAGCUGUUCCGGAAGGGGGUGACCGAGUUCAUCGACGGGAAGGAGUCCAACCCGCUGAUCCUGACGGUGGGGGCGCUGGUGAUGUGCUUCACGGAGACGGCGAAGGGCGACAUGAACGGCACGAUCUUCGACCACCUCUCCGCCGCGCACUCCCUCCUCAUCCGGCUGCUGGCCCACCACCAGGCCGCCGAUGCGGCCAUCCCCAGCGACCUCAGGGACUUCGUCAUCGAGUACUACACCUACACGGCGGCCGUGAGCAUGAUCUCCAUCGACGCCCGCGUCAGCCAGCAGGUGCUCCUGAAUUUCGAGCUGGAGCAGAAGGCCCGCCAGCUGCUGGAGGUCGGGUACGUGGGCAAUCUGUGCGGGUGCUGGCUGGAGCUGCUGCUGCUGAUCCCCUGUAUCUUCGACCUCGGACGGCACUGGAUGAUGAUGCCGGCGGAUCCGGAGAGUGGCGAGCAGCCGGCCGUCGUGCCGACGGCGGACGAGAUCGCCAUGUACGGGUCGCUGCAGGCGCAGAUCAUGCGGUGGGCGCCGCUGCCGUCCGUCGCGCCGGAGGUGUUCCUGGCGGGCCGCAUCUUCCAGCAGGCGAUGCUGCUCUACCUGUACACGGCGCUGGGCGGGCCCCGGCACUUCGCGCGGUCGAAGACGGGGAUGCAUCAGAUGCUGGUCGAGACGGCCAUCGCCGAGGCCAUGGCGUAUCUGACGCAGCUGUCGGCGACCGCGCGCAUCAACUCCGGGCUCUGCUGGCCCAUCGCCGUCGUUGGGUCCUGCCUGUCCCACCCGGACCACCAGGAGAACCUGCGGCAGCGGCUGACGACGAUGGUCUCUACGUUCGGGCUGGGGAACAUGCACCGCACCAAGUUACUCCUCGAGCACAUGUGGCAGAUGCCCCUGGAGGAGGCGGGGCCCUGGAACAUCUGUCGAGCGAUGGAGCGGAAUCAAAUCUGGAUAUCGUUUGCAUAA